CUGCAAUGAUACCAACCGCACGUUACCGGCCAGUGGUACGCAUUGGCAAUUGGUUUGAGGACAUUUGUCUGGAGCAGGUGAGCAGUGACAACAGAACUUGCAACACAAAAAAAAAACAAUCCACGCUCAAACUCGUUUCACGCCAACAGGAAAAGGUGCAAACUUUUAAGAAUUUACGCGACCGCGGCGAACUGCUUGUGGAGAAGACACGCCGACUAUUCGACAAUUUUCACAAAGCCAUCGAAUUGGAGGCGCCCAAAGAGAAUGUCCACUUUGGCGCCAUAGUUCAGUUGAUGCCAAUGAAAAUGAAUAUUUGCGAUGAACGUGUGAAGGCACAACCUGCUUUGUCGGUCAUCAUCAAUGAACGCGUCGUGCGGCAUAGUCAAAAUAUCAAUGAAGAAUGUGAAAUAACAAUUGCGCCCUCAGUGACGCCUUGUGUGCGUAAUUCUUUUCGUAUCGUGAGCGGUGAUGAGAAAGAUCGCACAAAUGAGGUUAUCAAAUAUGGACAACAAUUUCGUUUGGAAUGUGUGGAGAGUCAAGAUGAUGUACUACUGCUAUAUAGUGCGGCGAAAUCGGCCGAUCUAAAGAGUAUGAUCCAUACGACGUUUGAUUCGAGGAAAUGUGGUGAAAUCAAUUUGCCCUUGGGUCUAUGUAAGAAAAGCAAUUGUGGUCCCGGCAAGGAAAUACCCUCGGCAUAUACUAAAUGGUUCUGCACCCAUAUUGAUCCCAAGAAACGUUUUGAAUCGUACGGCACACCAGCGCCGAGCAAUGCAGCUUUGGUUAUCACACACGUACCAACAAAUAAAAAUCUUGCAGCAGAAAACGUUGUCGUCCAAACACUUUUCGGACCGGAGUUCCUCGUUUCGGUACAAAACUACAAGGACAUGUACAACCGCGAGCGUUGGCAAAACAUUUGGAUGAUAUGCAACGGUCAGAGUGAAGGGAAGCGAUAAAAAUACAGCCAUUCGGAUCAAUGAACGCUACUGCCGCAAAAAAUUCAUUUGUUUAGC